AUGGAAACGGAUAUCGGCAGAACUCAACGCAAAACGGAACGACGCUCAAUCGUCGGGGAGCGUAUUAAACAAUGCAAAACCGACGCUGAACGACAAGAGGCAAUUUCUGAAGCCUCGAAACUCAAGGCAGAAGUGAAGGAGCUAGAGGCGACGCUUGACAUUGCGGAAAAGGAGUGUCUUUCCGCUGCCCUGGCCAUCCCGAACGACUCGCACCCCGAUUCUCCUCUUGGACCCGAAUCCGCUGCCAUAACGCUCUCGACUCACGGUCCCGAACCCCUUCCACCCGAUCCCAAACGCGACCACGUGAUGAUUAGUGAACAGUUUGACUUGCUCGACCUGAAGAGCGGUUCUACAGUCACUGGAACGUCAUGGUAUUUCCUACGGAAUGAAGCGACCCUUCUGGAGCUAGCGUUGACAAACUAUGCCAUGUCAAUAGCUGUCCAGAGAGGAUUCACGCCUGUGACAACGCCUGAUGUUGUACGGUCUGACAUUGCUGUCAGAUGUGGAUUCCAACCUCGAGACGACACCGACCCUCCAGUAUCCCAUAUGUAUCAUAUUACCCCCACGAAUCCCUCGUCUCCCGAGCUCGUCUUGGCCGGAACGGCGGAGAUUCCUCUAGGAGGGAUGUUCGCAAACAAAGUCUUCUCAUCCUUGACCCUUCCCCUGAAAGUUGUCGGUAUUGGACAUGCGUUCCGUGCCGAGGCAGGUGCUCGGUCAUCGGACACUCGUGGCCUCUACCGUGUCCAUCAGUUCUCCAAGGUUGAGCUUUUUGCAGUCACAGAAGAAGAGGCCAGCGAAAGUAUGAUGGAAGAAAUCCUUUCGGUGCAGAAGUCUAUUCUUGAUGGCCUUGAAUUACCUUAUAAGGUAUUGGAUAUGCCUUCCGAGGAGUUAGGCGCUAGCGCAUACCGCAAAUACGACAUCGAGGCAUGGAUGCCAGGUCGCGGCAGCUGGGGUGAAGUAACCUCGCUCUCGAACUGCACAGACUAUCAAUCUAGGCGUCUACACAUUCGGUAUCGUCCACAAGGCAGCGCCUCGGACUCGGCACCUGCUCGCCUUCCUUUCGCGCACACGCUAAAUGGUACUGCAGUAGCCAUACCGAGGUUAAUUGUUGCCCUUCUUGAGAAUGGCGCGAUCCUCAACGAAAGUGGUGAAGUCACCAGCUUGCGCCUUCCUAGCGCCCUAAAGCCAUUCUGGAUCGGCGGUAGUGGAAGAAACAUCGUUCAAUGGAGCGGUGCAUGA